AUGUCUGCAAUAGGUAGUAGCAUAUAUUCUACCAUUGCAGACAAUUGGCAAACAAAAAUGAUGCCAACCAUGGUCGGUCCCGCUUAUAAUCUUGAUCUCUUCUUUGCUGCAGCUUCUUAUAGUCCACCUUUGGUCUUUGAUGUAACAGAACUAAUUUAUCAAGCCAAACCAUCCGUCAUUCACACAAGCACAAAAAGUGAGGAGCUAUUCUUGACGUGUUUAAAUAUUGCAGAUGGAACAAGUAAUGCAGCUACUGUAAAGCUUAUCAAGAGUUCAUUAUUCAGCUACGAGCAAGCAUGGCAUGGAUUAAUGUACCUUCGGGUCACAGGGAUGGAUGAUGGGUUGAACAUAAGGGAAAGAAUGUCUUUUCUGAACUCCAUGAUGGACAUUCAAAGUGAGGUCCAAGUUCGUGCAACUGGAGGGCUUCUUGCGGUUCUAGAGAAUGAAAGGAUUAUAGACACCCUUGAACAGAAGGAGUGUGGAAGUGCAUCCAUUGAUGUUGACUCGGUCAUUGAAAUCUUACUAAACAAGUUUCUCAAAGUUGACUCGGCUGCACAUGAGGCAUUACAAAUAUUCCAAAUUGACAAACAUCCGAGCCACAUGGGGAUUGGCAGGGCAAAAGAAGGGUUCUCUUUAUUUGUAAUGAUGAAUAAGUGUGUAACACCAAUGGGCGGACGUCUUUUGAGGAACUGGUUUUUGAGGCCUAUACUGGACAUUGAGAAACUGAACAAGCGUUUUGAUGCUAUAACAUUCUUCCAUUCUGCUGAAGAACUUUUGGCCACUUUGCAUGAUACACUGCAGUCCAUAAAAGAUAUUCCUCACAUACUCAAGAAGUUCAAUUCUCCAAGUUCUUUUUCCACAAGUAGCGACUGGAAAGCUUUUGUAAAGAGCAUCUGUUCUCUCUUGCACAUAAACAAAAUAUUUGAAGUUGGCAUUUCAGAAAAUCUUCGAGAGGAAUUGAAGUAUUUGAACCAAGUAAUAAAACUCAACUCGUACUAA